GAAUCUCUCUACGACUGUGUUCCACGCGGUCACUGCACACGGGUACGGAACAAGCCGAUGCAUCGAUGGACACCAGCAUCGACCAGAUAGUGACACACAGUGACACACAUAAUCGCAACACGUCUUAUGUCGGCUGAGGUGGAACACCGCUGAAGACUUGUAGCAAGCAGACUAGUCCAACAAAGCAGUUCACCGUCAAAUGAACCCUUGCCUAGCUAGUGAUUUCCAUCCGUUUUCAUCCUAACGUUCCAUUGGCACUAGAAGUUCGUAGUGGUGGUGGCUUUCGUGGUCGUGGCUUUCGUGGUCGUGUUGACAAACUAUCGUCACCGGAAGUGCAGUGAGCUCGUGGUGAACGCGUCCGCUUGGCGAGGAAGAACAGGAGUCGGGAGUCGAAAUCAUGGGUCUUCGAGAGAAUCGGCUCGUUUUGAAAUGGGCGCUAUUCUUCUUCAACAUUCUCUUUUGGGUUCUUGGAAUAGCAGUGUUUGGUGUCGGCAUCUAUGUGAAGACUGACCACAGCGACUACGCAAUCAUCAUGGACGAGCACAGUAACGGCUACAGUGGAACGCUGAUCGCGGUCGGUGCCAUCGUCAUGGUGGUGGGGCUGGUCGGUUGCAUUGGCACGCUCAAGGAGAACAGAACUCUUCUUGUGGUGUAUGCCUCCUUGGUGUCGCUGAUUUUCAUUUUGGAAUGUGUGGCAGGCGGCCUUGGCUAUCAAUUUCGUGACAAACUGAGAGAUGAAGUCAUCAAAGGCAUGAACACCACCAUUGCCAAGUACGACCCAGCGGUCAACAACAGAAUCCGCAAUGCGUGGAAAAGCGUGCAAGCAGAGAACGAGUGCUGUGGUGUUCAGCAGGAUGAGGACUGGCUAUCGAAUGAAACCCUGUGGUAUGACUUCCUAGUGAUGCACCAACGUCUUGACAAGAAGGAACUACCAUAUUCGUGCUGUCUUCCAUCCAAUGUGCCCUGCAGCAUAUAUGCUGAGAACCACUAUAAUGAGACCUGCUUCGGUGUAGUGCACAGUGCCGUGCGCUACCACUGGAAAGAAUUGGCUGGCACGGCAAUCGGCAUUGCCUUCGCGCAGCUCAUUGGCAUCGUGCUCAGCGCCAUCUUAGCACAUUCUAUAAAGAAGUACGGCCGUUACAACCAGUUUGAUUGAGCGGCUUGCCGGCCUGCACCGAGUGCCGCUCUGUGUGCAUGUACAUGUCAAAUUCUGGUCUAGCUCAGCACACCAAACCUGACACAUUCUAUAGCAACUCAUGAUUACGGCAAUGCCCUAGAGUACAUUGUCACAAUGCAUACUAACUUAGUAGCGGGUUGGAUCUGGUCAACAACAUGCCGGAUGCUUUCCCAUUGUGCUUGUAUUGCCACUGCUUGGAACUGUUUAGUUUGGCCAAACCACGCUGCGAUUGCAUUCCGUGCCAAAGUUUUUUUUCACUUGCUGGUGCAAAUCCGAGCGGCUCAGCGCCAGGAUCCAGAGUCGAUGCGUACCGCUGCAGUUAUUCCCAUUGCAUGUCAUUCAUUAUUCUAGCAUUCCUCAAUCCAACUACAUGCAGGUCGAUCCUCGAUCCUCAUACACGUGUGGUCUUCCUAGGCUGCUCCCGUUCCUAUUACACUUGAUUGCCGUGUACAUGUAUGGAUGACUAUUGUAUGUAUGUAUGUAUGUAUGUAUGUAUGUAUGUAUGUAUGUAUGUAUGUAUGACUGGCUAGACUGACUGAGAAUGUGGUCCGUAUCACUCGUACAUGUACAUGUACCAGUCUGUUCAUUUUUGCUUUGAAAACAAAACUGAACUCAAGCUGUUUA